CAAAUUUCUCCGUGACAUAACAUCUCCACGAAUUCUGAACCUCAUUGCACAAUCUAUCAAUUUAUUUAUCUAAAUUAAAAGUAAAUUGAAUUCACGAUUUCAUCAAUACACCAUUCGUCAAAUUUCCCGACUUUUCUCGAAUUACGCAAGUCUUUAAUCCUUCUAUUCCCUCAUAAUGCCUUCGGAUCCUGAAGACGACUACAUACCCUGGAUCCAGCAGUUCUGUGAAUUGUUUGGCCACGACUACUUUGUGCCUGUAGCUCAAGAGUUCAUCGAAGACGACUUUAACUUGACCGGCUUGUCACUGCAAGUUCCUUACUAUAGAGAAGCAUUGUAUACGAUUUUGGAUUACCAGGUGGAAACAGCCGAAGACCACCCGGACGAAAAAGCCAUUCUCAACGGAAGUCACAGUAAUAAUAACACCAAGACGGAGUUGCCUAACAAGGCCCUACUUGCCCGUUCGGCUGAACUCUUGUACGGAUUGAUCCAUGCUCGUUACAUCAUAUCGAAGCCAGGUUUGACUGCCAUGGCUUCCAAAUUCGAACGUAACGAAUUUGGCUCUUGUCCUCGCUAUUUCUGCGACGGUAUGCAUUUGAUCCCCGUCGGCUCAACGGAUAUGGCCGGCCAAGAAACUGUAAGGUUGUACUGUCCUUGCUGUAACGAUAUUUACAUUCCUUCAAGUUCAAGAUACUUGAACAUAGAUGGAGCUUUUUUCGGUACCACAUUCCCGGGAUUGCUUGUCAAGAUGUUCCCGGAGAUCGAAAAUCAGUGUAGAAUUAGAAUCAACAAAUUCAACCAGAACGACUUUGGCUUGAAAUUGUUUGGCUUCAAGAUCAACGAGUUGAGUGCAUCGGGACCCAGAAUGAAGUGGUUGAAAAUGCAUCCCAAGUCAUCAGAGGAAAAGGACGAAUACAACAACUGCGAAUACAGCAUACCUCUUGAUGAAGUCUCGACUGGAGAUGAGAGUGACAUGGACGACAAUGGAGAGGACUUGGACGAUGACGACAAGACCAUGGCCAGCGAGUAG